AUGUCCUCACAAUCUGAAACGCCUUCAGUUCCCUGUCCCGUUCAUGUCGCAUUUGUCCCCUCCACUGCAUUUAUUCCUCGUUUCCGCACCCACUCGCGCACAUCCUCGCUCUCCAAUCGCACCACCACGCGUCGGCCCCGUCCAACUAGCUGUCCGGUCGUCUUCUGCACAGAAGCCUCCAUUCCCGAUGACGACUUCUUUCUGCCAUUGGAUGACCUCAAUUUGCUGAAGAACAGCACGAUUCACGGCACGACGUCCUCCUCUGCCAACCAAACGUCCCUCGCGACCAAAAGAGUAAACGCCAAGCGUCUUCAAAUCUCUCGGAAUACCUCGAAAGACCGUGACGAUGAAGACGAAACCCUUCGUUCCCAGAUUGUCGAUGAAAAACUCUCCGCCGCCGAUCUCUUUGGAACUGUUGACGCCGCCACAUCCCCGGCUGCACCUACUUCACCGCCACACUUAGGCCGCUUUAAACCGCAGCAGCAGAAAACAAACGAAUCCCUACUCAUUCCGCAGUCCCCAUCGCAAAAUGCCCGUGUGUCGUCUUCAGGCGUCCGGGCAAAGACUACAACUCGGAAGCCUCAAAAGCGAACCGAACCACAAACUACGCUAUAUCCGGCGAGAAGGAAUGCAUCCGGGGUCAUUGAUAUUUCUGCGACAAGGCAGCCAAAGAGGAAGACUCCCUCCCCGUUGCCAAGUGAUGAUGCUACCGUUCGUCCAGGUGAUUUAGUUUCGCAUUCCCGCCAUGGCAUUGGUCGUUUUCGAGGUGUCGAGCGGACUGUUAGCACCACAGCCCCGACAACGCCUGGUGCGCCUCGUCCUCUUCAGGAAUAUGCUGUUAUUGAAUAUCGCGAUGGCGACGUCUAUGUUCCAUUCUCACAUUUCGAGGUUAUUCGACGCCUAUCUGAUCUCGAAAUGCAAACCUUCGAUCGACUUGAUACGAUUUCCGGUUCGGCAACGUAUUACAAUUCUUCUAAAGCUUCACGUAGCAAACGCUCAAAACACGUGGCUAGAGAACGGACACGCGCCAAGAUAAGGAAGCAACUUAUUAAUCUCCAUGGCCUGUAUGCGGAGAGAACAACAAUCGAACGACCCCCAUUUCCUGUUGAUGAAGAGGCAGAACAAAGGUUUAAUUUGGAGUGCGGGUUUGUCCUCACCGAGGACCAGGAGGCCGCAACAAAACAGAUCAUGAGAGACAUGAGCAAGAAUCGGCGCCCCAUGGACCGAUUGCUUUGCGGUGAUGUGGGGUUUGGAAAAACCGAAGUUGCAGUUCGAGCGGCGUUCCGGGUCUUGGCAGCUGGGAAGCAAGUCGCCAUCCUUGCCCCCACUACAAUUUUGGCGCAGCAACACUACGAUACUUUUCGAAGCAGAUUUGAAGGGGCCUCCGUCAAAAUCGCAAUGGCCUGCAUGACCAGAUUUACUUCACGGAAGAUAAACAUUGAGAACAGAGAUAGAGUAUGCUCUGGAGAGGUUCGCGUCGCCAUAGGCACUCACAUGUUGCUCAACGACAAAUGUAUUUUUCCAGACCUGGGCUUGCUGAUCGUUGACGAGGAACAUAGAUUUGGAGUUAAUCAAAAGGAGAAGAUUCGAGCUCGAUACCGCGGUAUUGAUGCGCUCUUUAUGUCAGCUACGCCAAUUCCACGCACAUUGCACCUUACCUUGAGCGGUCUUCGCGACGCUUCUGUCCUAAGGACACCCCCACCUGGCAGAAAACCGGUUAUCACCAAAGUAUCUCCAUCUGGUGCAGGAAUAGUAAGGGCAGCUAUCACCCGGGAGGUUGAGAGGGGUGGUCAAGUGUUCUUUGUGGUACCAAGGAUUGAAGGCAUUGAAGCUUUGGCUGACUGGGUCCGGGACUUGUUUCCUGGACUUAAGGUACUAGUUGCGCAUGGUUCUAUCAAUGAUUUGGAACAUCGGAUAUGGGCCUUUGCACAGAAGGAAUACGAUGUACUCGUAUGCACAACAAUUAUUGAGAAUGGUAUCAAUAUGCCAGAUGUCAACACCAUUAUUGUACAGGACGCGGGCAAGUUCGGACUGGCUCAGCUUCAUCAACUGCGCGGUCGCGUUGGACGCUCUGAUGUUCAAGCUUAUGCCUUUCUGCUGUAUGCUUCAUCGGGGGCGUGCCAGGCUGUUCACACGCUUGAUCGAUUGCGUGCUCUGGAAAGAUACAGCGAUUUAGGAGCAGGGUUUGCAAUUGCACAGAGGGACAUGGAGAUGCGGGGCGUAGGUACCAUUUUAGGAGUUGAGCAACACGGGAACAAUUCCAUUGAAGGGGAGGAGUACGCGAUGAUGCUGUCUGAAGAACUUGAGCACGCUCGAACCGGAAAGCCAAUUCCAGUAGCAAUGCCAAAUCCUGUGACAUCAACAGAAGUGUAUCUUCCAAUUGCAUCGCUCAUUCCCGCAGAUUAUAUAACUGAUUUUGAUCAAAAGAUGACUGCGUAUGGGCAGUUGUCCCGGGCCCUGUCAAUGAAGGCUGUCAAUAGCGUUGUCAAGGGCCUUGAGAGUCGGUACGGACCUCUGCCGACCUCAACCAGGCGUCAUGUGAGCGUCAUGGAAUUAAAGUUGAGUGGAAAGCCUCUGGGAAUAACUAGGAUUUUUGCUGAGAGACAACAUGUUAUUCUGGAAUGGCCAAUUGACGAACCCGCGUUCAACUGCUUGGUAGCUUUUUUGCCUGAUAAGCAAUCAAGAGAUCGCUGUGAGCAUAAAGUGGACGAAGAGCGUGUUAUAAUUAGGGGCCUUGGCAUCUGCAGCGGUGAUGUGCAGCUUGCCAAGUUGCGAGUGUAUUUGAAUUGCUUCAACAAAGCAGCUUCUGGUCUUCUUCGACAAUCGGACAGAUACCAACCAGAUCCCACAGAACUCGUUGACACCCUUCAUCAAAUAGAAGCGGACAAAGAGUGAGUUUCCGGCAGUUUUACUCAGAAGCACGAGUACGAAGAAAUGAGUUGGAAGGGGGGGUUUGCUUGUGUGCUUGCCGCCUGGACACGAAUUUUCAGUUUCCGAUUCAUUGGUAAUGUUAAUCCGACAUGCCAUUGAACCUUGAUCUUAUUAUUUGGAAGCCACAUAUCUCUUUUCGAAAGUCCCUGAACUUCAAAACAAGCCAUGUGACAAGGAUCAGCACGAGGGCUCGUGCUUUUGACUAGAUACUCACCAGUGUCCCUAUAGCAAAUUACUCAGACGGGGGAGAGAAACAAAGCAAUGAAUUCUCUCGGGCCUCCGGUCUUUUUUGAGGGCCAUGUGGUGGUUUGUUCUUUACCGAAGCCCUGUCCUGUAGAGCAAUUUAAAACACCUGUCGUCUUGUGUUAAACGGUC